UUAGUCCGGGAUGAAAUUUUCUUUCGCGACAGUAACCCCCUGGCGGUCAGCUGAGUCGAGUAGAAUGCUACAACUCCCAGCCGUUUAGGUUAUAAUUUGUGCAGCUAAGAGCCAUGGCGGUGGAAUUUCCCUUCCCCCUGACGCCCUUCCCGGAGGAGGUGCAGGCGAAGAUAAAGGCAAAGUUCCUUGGGUUCAGAAACGGUUUGGUGGACGUGGGUGGUCGACACGCCCUGCCCGCGCACUACGGCCUCUUCGCCAGCAAGUAUUUCAACUACAAAUUCCAGGAGGAUGACGUCCUGGUGAUGACCUUCCCGAGGAGCGGCACGACGUGGACGCAAGAGGUCGUGUGGACGAUGAGGAACAAGCUGGACUUGGACACCGCGGCGGCCGUCCCUCUCGACGCCAGGGUGCCCUUCAUUGAACUCGAUUCAAUCAUUCCUCCUCACGCUAGCCCUCCGACAGAAGUUGUAGAGCAUUUCCGGAGACGACACCCGGGGACGAAUCCGAAGGGCGGGGGCGUCUAUCUCGACCUGGUAGACGCCCUUGGUUCACCUCGCACCAUCAAGACUCACCUGCCCUUCUCCGUCCUCUCCCCUGAUCUCGUCAACUCCUGUAAGGUGGUGUAUGUAGCCAGGAAUCCGAAAGAUGUUGCCGUCUCUUUUUACCAUCAGCAGCGCCUCGUGAAGUCAGCUGAGUAUGUGGGAAGCUUUCGUGAAUACAUUUUGGAUUUCUGGUGCCAAGACCACCUCCUGCGAGCGCCUUACUGGUCCCACCUGGCGGAGGGCUGGGCGAGGCGACACCACCCAAACGUCCUGUUCCUCUUCUAUGAGGAUAUGAAGGAGGACUUCCUGCGGGAGCUCGGCCGCCUCAACUCCUUCCUGGAGACGGGGCUGACGGAGAGCCAGCUGCUGGCAGUCGCACACCAUGCCUCCUUCUCCGGCAUGAAGAGCAGGGGCGCCACCAACCCCACCGCCGCCCUGCAGGAGGCCGGGAAUUUCAAGAAGGGAGAAGCGGACUUCAUCAGGAAGGGAAUUACGGGGGAUUGGACCAACUUCUUCACGCCGGACCUCGAGGAGAAGUUCGAAGAGUGGAUGGAGAAGUGGCAGCCCACGUCGAGGGAGAUCCCGUUCAAGUAUCACAUCGAGAAGGAAAUGUGACUGGAGUGAGAGGGAGGCGGACCAGUGAUCCUCGUGAAUGUAGAGCAUUAUAAACAUGUGAAAUUAUUAACUA